AGAAUGUACAUUGUACGGGCAUACACAGUCUGUACCGAUCUAAAAAAACCAAGUGAGUUAGUGCUGCCCAUCAUCAAAACCUUCCUCUCUUUCGACUCUCCCCUUUUUUUUAGGGUUCUCUGCUCAAAAUUUCUCCAGCUUUCCUUCCCUUUUCCGCUUUAUUUUCUCACCUGCCAAACAGGUCGAUUCCGAUUCAGCCAAGUUGGACUGCCAUAAACCUGACGUGAAGAAAAAUCUGAUUUUGGGAAAAGAAAAAUUAGAAAAAUUUUAGGGCAAUAAACAGAGGCUGUGACAAGAUCAGGAGUUGAACAGUUAAAAGAGAGCUGGUUUGGUGAUAAUUGAUCAUGUCAAGACAAAAUCGAGACACGGUAAUGGAAAAUCUGCUGCCUGGCAAAAUCAGAAAACGAGUGUGCUCCUCACCGCCGUCAUCUUCAUCAUCGAUGAUUCAGAACUACAGAUUCAAGAAAGCGAUUCUAGUUGGCCGCAAACGGGGUGGAUCCACUACUCCUUUGCCGACGUGGAGGCUGAUGAUGCGAUCACCAUCAUCUGCGUCGGCAUUGCGGGCCUUGGAGUCCCCCAAGUACGCAGCAUCGGGGAAUGGAAGCAAAGUAAAAGUGCAGCAGCAGCAGCAGCAGCAGCCAGUUUCGGCAAGGAAGCUGGCAGCAACGUUGUGGGAGAUGAAUGAAAUUCCUUCCCCAGGAAUUAGGCAAGCAAGUGAGGAGAGGAAGGUGAGGAAGGAGAGGAAGGAGGGGAGAGGAGGGAGAGGAGGGAGAGAGAGGAUUGCCAGAUCUGUGCAUUCUGGUUCUUUGCCUCCUCACCUGUCUGAUCCCUCUUAUAGUCCUGUCUCUGAGAGAAUGGAUCGAUCUGGAACUGGUAGUCGCCAUAGAGGAGCUUUGUCCAUUUCCCACAGGCCUAGGCUUACAGACAAUAAUGUUGGAGUAUUUGAUUCUGUUAGCAAUGCCAGUUUGAUGGAGAUUGAGACUAGGUCUCUUGCCCAGGCUCCUACUGGAUCAACUGUUGGUGUUAAAACUCGACUGAAGGAUGCUAGUAAUGCCUUGACAACCUCAAAAGAGCUACUUAAAAUUCUUAAUCGUAUGUGGGGUCAUGAAGAUCGGCCUUCAUCAAGCAUGUCCCUUAUCUCAGCCUUGCAUGCUGAGCUUGAGAGAGCUCGCCUGCAAGUCAAUCAGCUUAUCCAAGAACAGCGCUCAGAACAAAAUGAUAUCAACUAUCUGAUGAAGCGCUUUGCUGAAGAAAAGUCAGCAUGGAAAAACAAAGAGCAAAAAGUGGUUGAGGCUGCUAUUGAAUCCAUUGCAGCUGAUCUUGAUGUAGAAAGAAAGCUGAGAAGACGGUUUGAAAGCUUAAACAAGAAGCUUGGGAAAGAACUAGCAGAGACAAAAGCAUUUCUUCUGAAGGCAGUCAAAGAGCUUGAGGGUGAGAAAAGAGCAAGGGUGCUAUUUGAGCAAGUAUGUAAUGAACUGGCUAGGAGUAUCAAUGAAGAUAAAACUGAAGCAGAACUGAAGAAAGAGUCUGCAAAAGUUCGUGAAGAGGUUGAAAAGGAAAGAGAGAUGAUACAAGUAGCUGACAUACUGCGAGAAGAGGGAGUUCAAAUGAAACUCUCAGAUGCCAAAUAUCAGCUUGAGGAGAAAAAUGCAGGCAUUGAUACAUUAAGGAGCCAACUUGAAGCUUUUCUAGCUUCCAAAAGACUCAAAGGAAAAGAGUAUCGUUCUACAAAUGAACCGAGCAGUGAGGAAAUUGCUGCUUAUUUGGACAGAACCCAUUUUGGUAAUGAGGAAAAUGAAGAGAAUGGAGAAGUUGAAGAUGCAGCAGAAUGUGAAGAAGACUCAGCUGAUAGUGAUCUUCACUCUAUAGAGUUAAAUAUGGAUAACGACAAUAAGAACCAGAAGUGGGCUUAUCCUCUUGGUGCUGCUCAUGAUUCAGGAUUUGAUGAAGGUGAGAUCAAAGGGAGGAAGUCUACCUCCAGCAUCAGAUUACCAAGGAGAAAAACUUCUCUGCAGAGGAGUAUAUCUGACGCAGUUGAUUGGGGUAUGCAAAGUCAAAAACUGCAGAAUUCAGGUGAUGAAUUAGAUUGGACUAGAUUGACCAAUCUAGAGAGGCAAGCACAAGAAAAUGGCUGCUUGGAUGAACUGCAGGGAUAUAAAUCAGUGAAGGGUCUGAAGGAGCACCUGCUGUCUGGCUCUAAGUUAGGUUCUUCUAGAUUUUCUGCUAGUCCAACAAGGCCUCCAAGAGACUACGGGUAUGCUGCUCAAGACAGACCUCCUAUGGUGCCAGGUAGCCUUUCGAAAUCAAGGUUAGCUGAUUCCAGAGGUGAGGGCCAUAAUGUUAGAAAAUCAAGAUGGUAGCAAUUCUCUUUAAGUCAUCAAUGUUCCAUUCACAAUGCUCUGGCAACAACUUCACUUACAAUAGUGAAUGCUGGAUGCACAGAAGAUUUAGGCACUUGUAGUGCCUAAACGAAAAGAUUAUUUAGAUGAAGGCAAGUCUCUUGUUGCUUCUUAAUUUUUUCGUGUGCUGUUUAUCCUAGGGGUGAGAGACUUGAGUUGAAACUGCAGUGUUCGUUUAGUGACAUAACUCUCCUCUAUUACUAGAAAUGCAUUUCUUUGUAGAGCCUGUAGAAAUGUGUAUUUGAUCAAACCAGUUUUAUCUGUAUACAAAAAAUCUAUAACCCCUUCAACGGGUCUGCAGUUUUUGUUCAUUAGAAAGAAUGUUCGUUGGUUUGUGAAAACCUUUUUCUUGUUCCCUUGAUUAUCCGACCUUGUAUUACUGAAAG